AUGUCAAAAAAACGCUCAGAGGAAGAAUGGCAAGCAAUCUUAACUACCGAACAAUUUAGAAUUUUAAGACAAAUGGGAACUGAAUUGCCAAAUACUGGUGAAUAUAAUAAAUUUAAAGGAAAGGAUUUAUCCAAUAAUAUGAAGAGAGUUGAAAUUACCUGUGCUGCUUGUGAUGGUCAUCUUGGCCAUGUUUUUCAAGUAAUUAAAUUUUUUGCUGAUGAAAGACAUUGUGUUAAUAGCGUUAGCAUUAAGUUUUCUCCUGAAGAGGAAGAAAAAAAGGACUAA